GGCAGGCAUCUUUCCAGCCGAUAGCGCAGACAGAUCACCCACAGACCAGGUCCGACAUGAUUCGCCUUAUUCUCCUCGCCUUGGUGGGCUGUGCCCUCGCCGAUGAAUACUAUGCGCCGCCACCUCCUGCCCCAUUGAAGGAUUUCUGCAGGAAGUGUAUUGAGGAGAGAAAUGGCGUAGGCUACUACGAGAACCCGGACGACUGCGCAAGUUACCUUCAGUGCGACUUGGAUGAUGACCUUAACACCAAGGUUCACGUGAGGGAAUGCGCCGAGGGUUCUCUCUUCGAUCGUGACAUCGUUACCUGUGUCCCAUGUGAGGUCGCCACCUGCCCAGGCAGCAGGGUACCCAACCCACAGUGCCCACCAAGAACCCCUCCACCAACCACCACCCACGCCUACACCACCCUUCCCCAGUUUGACGGCAAAUGUGACGGUCCUGACGGAUGGACCUACUUGGCCGUCUGGGGUGAAGCCAACAUCUUCUACAGAUCCCAGACCCUUGGUGAUGAUACCAGAAUCGAGCGUGUCAGCUGCGGACCCUGGGAGUUCAGUGUCCAAAAAUGCAUGUGCGUGGUUCCAGAUCUCCAGGCAAUUGCCCUGUGGGCUUUCGAUGAGAACACUGACACCUCCGUCGAUAACUUCUGGACAGACUGCAGUGGCGUAGAACUUUCCGACGGUAAAGUCGGCAACGCUGCUAGCUUCAACGGCUCCGUCCACUGCGAGGUCCCACGUUUCAACAACUACCCAUGGGGCGCCGGCCUCACCAUAUCUUUAUGGGUCAGGGACGAUGGUGGCAAAGGACGGUCAGGUGUUAUUAGCAACGGCAACUGCGCUAUCGAGCCAACCAUCUCCAUCUGGUCUGAAGGCGGUCGUCUUGGAGGACGUGUCCUGGUUGACAACAACGGCACCCUCCUCACCAUCGAUCUCGGCUCAAGCGGUGGCAGUGGAUGGAACCACGUCGCUUUGGUCUACGAUGGUCUAAGACUGAGGUUGCUCGUCAACGAACAAGUUGUCGUUGAUGAGAUCGCUGUUGGCGCUAUCCCAGCUACCCUUGCUCCAUUGUACAUGGGCAGAGACUUGAACUGCGAGGCCGUCGAUGCUCGUUACAGCAACACUAACCUUGUUGGAUCCAUUGAUGAGGUCCAGAUCUACGACUGGGCUCUUAGCGACUCCCAAGUGUGGAAAGUCUACGCUGGUGAGAGAAACAUUCAGAUGGCCAGAUCUUAA